AUGGUUUCUUUUUUUUUCUAUGUCUCCCCCCUGGACUGCAACCUUAACGUGGUGGGGGAGUUUGAGUACUCGGAUGAUCCUGGGAGCUAUGCUGUCUGGGGCUUCAUGCCCCUGGUAGGGCCUCCCAUGGCAGACAGGUCUCAGGUGACGAGUCAGACAAAGAGCAGUCCAGAAGACACCAUGGACAGCACAGAUAAGAGAUCAGUGACGUCGCCCGGCAUGGCGCAGCCGGGGCCCCACCCUGGAGCCAGGCCUGGGGUCGGGGCUCGUAUGCGAGCGCCUGGUGGCCGGGCCUUAGCCCACGGGGCCCGGCCGGGCUCAGCCCGAAUGGACGACGUGGGCAGUCCCUCCUGUGGGCCCACCUCUACACACAGCCUGGGCUCUGGAACCCAACUCCUUGAGAGGGGUUGGACGCUCCACUUUUCUGGAGUUUCCCGCGGGGAGAGGCGGCGAGCUGGGGUGGCCAUUCUCAUUGCCCCCCAUCUCAGCCGCCACGUGUUGGAGUUCUCCCCGGUGAAUGAGAGGGUCGCGUCCCUCCGCCUCCGGGUGGGGGACAAGUCUCUCAUUGUUGUGACGGCCUACGGGCCUAACAGCAGUGCAGAGUACCCGGCCUUCUUGGAGUCCUUGGGAGGGGUACUGGACGGUGCACCGCCCGGGGACUCCGUUAUUCUCCUGGGGGACUUCAACGCCCAUGUGGGAAACGCCAGUGACACUUGGAGAGGGGUGAUCGGGAAAAACGGCCCCCCUGAUCUGAACCCGAGCGGUGUUCAGUUGUUGGACUUCUGUGCCAGUCACAGUUUGUCCAUCACGAACACCAUGUUCCAGCACAAGGGUGUCCACCAGUGCAUGUGGCACCAGGACACCCUAGGCCGGAGGUCGAUGAUCGACUUUGUGGUCGUGAGCUGGAUGCGCUGGCAGGGGAAGAAGCCGGUCAGACCUGGCAGACCCAAGCGUAUAGUGAGGGUUUGCUGGGAACGUCUCGCUGAGCCCCCUGUCAGACGGACUUUCAACUCACACCUCCGGGAGAGUUUCUCCCAGGUCCCGGCGGAGGAGGGGGACAUGGAGUCCGAGUGGACCAUGUUCUCUGCCUCAAUCGCCGAUGCGGCGGCUCGUAACUGUGGUCGCAAGGUCUCUGGUGCUGGUCCCGGCGGCAACCCCCGAACCCGGUGGUGGACACCGGCAGUAAGGGAUGCUGUCAGGCUGAAGAAGAAGUCCUAUCGAGCCAUGAUGGUUUGGGGGACUCCUGAGGCAGCUGUCCAGUACCGGCAGGCCAAGCGUGCCGCGGCCCGGGCUGUUGCAGAGGCAAAAACCCGGGACUGGGAGGAGUUCGGAGAGUCCAUGGAGCAUGACUAUCGGUCGGCCUCGAAGAGAUUCUGGCAAACCAUCCGGCGCCUCAGGGGGAAGCAGUUCUUUGCCAACACCAUGUACAGUGCGGGUGGAGAGCUGCUGACCUCGACUGGGGAUAUUGUCGGGCGAGGCAGAGGCUGA